AUGGCGCUCGAGCUCAAUGAGUAUAUCAACAGGACGACCGGCAUCGUGAAUUCAGCCCACGCAGCCAGGGGUGCGAAUCUACAGGAUCAAUUCGACUGUACUGGAGAGAUCAUCGAUGCUGCUAAUCAAAUGAUGAAUGCGGGCCAGAAGCUCACGGUUGAUGACAUGCUCGAGGCCGAGGCUGCGCCACGAAUACCAGAGCAUCAUCCCGAGCGCGAGUGGCAAAAGCAAGGCUUGAUGAUCAAUGCCUUGGCUCAUGCCGCCCGCUGGGCUGCCAGCGAUGCCAUGGACGGCUCCACGCCCUCAGCAGACAACGCCGAAGCCAGCGAACGCGGCGAAGAGCCGGAGGCACCCGCGCAGGGCGAGGAGGUCAUCAUUCAGGCUUUAAUCGACUCACUUCGCCCCAUGCUGCGGACGUUUUUGGCGCAGACCAGAAGGAAACCAAGAAAGCUCUUCGUGGUCUGCGACGGGACCAUCGGGUCGGGUAAGACGACAUUGCUCAAUGAGAUUGAAGAAGAUCGUCCGGCCGGCGUGGUGAUUCAUCGCGAGCCGGUGGAAGAGAAAUACGAGAAGACAUGGUGGCCACUAUUGACUCAAUUCUACCAUGCAAUGGAAGAGCUGAAGAAAUGGCAGACGAAGGAGGCUGCUCAGAAGGCAGAGACGGCGACCCGUGCGCUGGAGCACGCCAUCUGGAAUCAUCAUAAGACCAUUGCAUUGAAUCAAGAUUAUGAUGUGAUCUCGGAGCGAUGCUGCGAAAGCUCGUUGCGUGUCUUUUGUCAAACACUCUUCACCAACAAGAUCCUGCCAGAGGGCCUGCUUCGGGAGUUCCAGAAGGACUUCGAGGACAACGAUCUCAAACCGACGGUUACAAUAUAUUUCAAGAUACCAGUGGAAGAGGCCAAAAGAAGAAUUAAGGAGCGGGCCCGGUUUUUCGAGCAGGAUAUCGUGGCCGAGGAAUCAGAAUAUUUGCGGAACCUUGAGAAAGAAUAUGACCUGAUUUAUGGAGCUGAUCGACCGGACGUGGUCCCCAUCGAGGCCGCAGUGCCCGAGGGCCCCGUUGGGGAUAUGCGAAGUGCCGUGGUGGAAGCUUUGGAGACGAACCGAACCAGACUCACCAGGCAUCUUGAGGACCAGAAAUUUGAGUCUCCCCAUCGAGAGCUGGACAAGAUCAUCAGUUGGUUCCGUAAGAGAAACACUGCUAGCAGCUGCUAG